GAGCUUGGAGACAAGACAGUAAACGUGUGCUACUCUGGUCAUAGGUAUUGUGGUAGCCAUGGCAACAUUGCUCGACAUUGUCAUGGUGCUGUGCAUCAGCUUAGCAAACGCUAUUGCAGCUGCACCUGAGGAGGCCGACACACAGGAUGCCUGGGACAGGUACCGUCUGCCUGACACUCUGUCCCCUGUUGCCUACAACGUCACCCUGUGGCCUCGACUGGAGCAGAACGAUGGCCAGAGGUACAUCUUCCAAGGCCACUCCGAAGUCCUCUUCCAGUGCCUGAAGGAGACAGACCUCAUCCUGAUCCACUGCAGCAAGCUCCAUCUGUACGAGCUGAGCAACAACCACAUGGCCAUACUGACUGCGGAGGACACUGCAGAGGACACUUCGAAGGACACUUCCAACCCUACUUCGAAGGCUGCAGCCGCUCCUGCUAUCACGUCCACAUGGCUGCAGGAGACCACCCAGUACCUGGUGAUACAGCUGGAGGGGAAGCUGGUGGCCGGGAGAUCGUACCGUCUCUUCACAGAGUUCUACGGGCCGCUCACGGCAGACAUGACUGGACUGUACAGGAGCCAUUACACAGAUGGACCACAUAACAGGGUGCUGGUUGCCUCCCAUCUGCAGCCUGUGGAUGCCAGGGAGGUGUUCCCCUGCUUUGACGAGCCGGCUAUGAAGGCUGUCUUCCACAUCACCCUCAUGCAUGAGCACAACACCGUGGCCCUGUCCAACGGCCUGGAAGCAGGAGUGGUGAAUGUCACUUUCAGUGGCUACAAUGUUUCCCAAACCACCUUUGAGCCAACAAAGAAAAUGUCCACGUAUCUGCUAGCCUUUGUUGUGGCCGACUAUUCACACAUCGAGAGCUGUGAAAGUCCUGUCUUGCUUCGUCUGUGGGCAAGCAGAGAGUUCCAGUCUGGUCACUAUGGAGAUUUUGCUCUUAACGUGACCGCACCGCUACUCUCUCAUCUAGAAGCCAUGCUGAACAUCACAUUUCCUCUCAACAAGUAUGACCAGGUGGGGCUGCCCCUCUCCAGUGGCGAGCCCAUGGAGAACUGGGGCCUGGUGACCUACAGGGAGCUGCUGCUGGGUUACCAUGGCAACCAGUCCUCGCACCGACACCGAGAGUGGCUCAUCAUCAUACUGGCCCACGAACUGGUCCACACGUGGUUUGGUAACCUGGUGACUCUGAGCUGGUGGAGUGACCUGUGGCUGAACGAAGCCUUCGCUACUUACCUCUCCUACGUGGUCUCCAGCAGGGUCAUGCCAGAUAUGGACCUGAUGGAUAUGAUGUUGCUCCACUACCCCAGGGAGAUCAUGGAGGAGGACUCCAAGGCCGACUCUCGUCCCCUCUCUUACCCACCGCACCAGAUCACCAGCAGACAGGAGAUGGACGCCAUGUUCUCACAGAUCACCUACAGCAAGGGAGCUCUAGUGCUGCACAUGCUGUGUCAGUUCCUGACUGAGGAGGUCUUCAUGCAGGGCCUGAGAACGUACCUGAAACAGCACUUGUACAGCACGGUUACCCCUGACGACCUCUGGAGACACCUGCAAGACGCUGUUGAUGCCUCUCCUGACGUUUCCCUUCCUGCUGCUGUUGGUAACAUCAUGAACCGCUGGAUACUGCAGAUGGGCUUCCCCGUGGUUACCAUAGAUACCAGAACAGGAAGUAUCAGCCAAAAGCACUUCCUGUUGGAACCCGAUGCAGUUGUGGACAGGCGAUCCGUUUACAGAUAUGAGUGGAUUGUCCCUGUGCGCUGGAUGAAGUCUGGCAAAGAGCAGCCUCAGGUCUGGCUUCUCAAUAAGGAAGAUUGGUAUGAGUCCAUGAAGAUGACCUCUGAGUCUGAUUGGGUGCUGGGUAACCUAGAGAUGUCCGGCUACUAUAGGGUUAACUACGACGCACACAACUGGGAACGCCUCCUCAACCAGCUGCACACCGACCAUCAGGUUAUUCCCAAAAUCAACAGAGCACGCAUUAUUGACGACGCAUUUAACCUGGCAAAGGCGGGUCUGCUGAACCUUAAGGCGGGUCUGCUGAACCUGACGGUGGCUCUGCGGACCACAGAGUACCUGAGCAGGGAGACAGAGAUGCUGCCCUGGGAGGCUGCCACACAUCACCUGGACCACAUCACACGCCGCCUGCACGCAAACACCACCCUACACACACACAUGCAGGAGUACCUCAAGAGACUCGUCCUGCCCCACUUCAGGCACUUUGAAAACCUCACGGCAAACUGGACGGAGAUACCGUCAAGACAUACAGACAAGUACCUGCAGGCUGAUGUGAUCUCUCUGGCUUGCUCGGCUGGCAUUGAGGAGUGCACGGACCUCGUGGCCAGCUGGUACAGUGACUGGAUGGAAAACCCAGAAAAUAACAAGCCCCAGGUGUACUGUGCUGCUCUGGCCGUGGGAGGAGAGAAGGAGUGGGACUUCGGCUGGGACGCCUUCCACCGUCACCAGGACGCCAAGGAGCGCGCUGACAAGGACAUGCUCAGAGCCCUGGCAUGCACACGCAAUAGCAUCCUCCUUAACAGGUACCUGUACUACGUGGUGGACCCAGAUAAGAACCUGCACCUGGAGAUAGGGGAGACCCUGGGACGCGUGGCCAGCAACCCACUGGGACAGUCCCACGCCUGGGGCUUUGUGGAAUCCAAAUGGGAAGACAUCGUUUACAGUUAUGGUUCAACGUCCAAUGAACCUGCAGAUAUCCUUCUCAAAGUGACAGAGAGGUUUUCCUCCACAGAUAAACUUUAUGAGUUGGAGAAGUUCAAGUCUAGGUUCAAGUACAGGCAUGGGAAAGUGAUGGAUCAUGGAUCCAGCUUGGCAUUAGGGGCGGUAGAGAAGGCCAUCGAAAGAACCAAGCGGAACAUCAGAUGGCUGGAGGAGAACCAACAAGCGGUUCUGGAAUGGUUCAGCUCCAUGGGCCUCAGGGGUUGA